AGUAUGCUUGCGACGCAAAGCCCAGGAAUGGCUGCCAGGCUGCUGUUUACAGUGUUGUAUAAAUAGAAUUGAGGCCACGCACCCCCCUCCCCAUUGACUAUACAAGAAACGCAGUCAUCUUCAGUCUAUCAAGCUCAUGUGGAGCCAGACGCUUGUCUGCUGGAUUUUGAGCAGUGCAGUCGGGCCGUAUAAACAGCAGUGAGGGCUUUUGGUGUAAACAAGUUGCAGAGCAUCUCAGAAAACAGCUUCUCCAUGUUUAAGAUCAGGCAGAGAGGAACAGAGACGGGUGAUAGUCACAGGGGAUUGCCAUAGUCUGGCAUUUACUAAGCAACUUAUGCAGGGCAACAUAGAUAAAAACACCAGACAGCUUCAGUGACUCUUUUAAAGCAUUUUUUGAAGAGAAUGAUAUGAGGAAACAUUUUCCUGAAGGGACACAAGCUCUGUCAAAGUGGAAGUGUUGCUGAGCUGGUUAACCAGCCAAGGUUGGUGCUUUGAUAUGUUUCGUGUGUACGUGGACCGACUUACAAUAUCCUGAGUGCAAAAGUGAACUGUGUUCUUGAAUUAAUUGUUCUUGAAUGUGAGGCUAAGAAGGAAAAUCGAAAGAUACAGAUUUGUGAGGCGGUUCAAACAGUGUCAACCGAGAGCUGGUCAUAUUUAUGUUUUGAACUUGAAUGAUAAUAUUAUACUAUAUUUGAGUGAGUGAUGAAGGGAGGUGACGAUGAUGAUGAUGACGUGUGGAAUGCAUCAGCAGUUAUUCUGGAUAUUGACUCAGGGUCUUGGGCCGACCGCUCUGCUCUUCAUGAUGCUGCCAGCCAAGGACGACUGCUGGCUCUCAAGACCCUCAUUGCACAGGGCCACAGCGUGAAUGUGCUGACAAUAGACCACAUUAGCCCUCUUCAUGAGGCGUGCAUAGGGAGCCAUGUUGCCUGUGCCAGAGCCCUGAUAGAUGCCGGAGCCAACGUUAAUGUGACAACUAUAGAUGGAGUGACUCCAUUGUUUAAUUCCUGCUCAGCUGGCAGUUUGGAAUGUCUAGAGCUGCUCUUGCAGACUGACGCCAGACCACAGGCCCUGGCUGUAUGCCAGCCUUCACCCAUCCAUGAGACAGUCAGCAGGGGCCACAGUAAGUGUGUGGAGGCACUGAUUGCGUGGGCUGUUGAUGUGGACUAUGAAAUCCCUCACAUGGGCACUCCUCUCUAUAGUGCUUGUCGAUGUAUGGAGUUCUUUUGUGCCCGCAAGCUGCUUGAUGGAGGUGCAAAUGUGCAGAGAGGUACAAAUUUGGAGACUCCUCUUCAUGCAGCAGCCCAGAAAGACUGUAUAAGCAUAGUGAAGCUCCUGCUGGAAUUUGGGGCAGACGUAAAUGCAUGCAACCUGGAGUAUAAGCGUCCCGUAGAGGUUGCUCCUCCUGGGAGCCUUACAGAGGGAUUCCUAUUGAUUUAUGAAGCGACACCCCGUUCUCUGCGUCAACUGUGCCGUCAGCAAAUCAGGGAGAGUUUGGGACGUUCCCGACUACAUCUUCUAUCACAUUUGCCCCUCCCCAAAGCUAUGAAGAACUUUCUACAAUAUAGAUAACAUCAUUAUGUUUGCUG